GACAAGGUCCUCAAAUCUUUAUUUCAUUUUCUUGCUUUUCAAAAUAUAUAUUUGUGUUUAAUUCAUGUCUCUUUUAGAGCUGAGGGAUCUAUAAAGGCUUUACCCAGGACAGUGAAGACUGAAGACCAUCAGCUUCCAAAAAUGAGGAGAAAAAGAAGGAAAGCCUAUAAAAAAUGGAAACUCUUGAAUUCUACUAUAUGCGAGCCUCAGCCUACUAAUCAACCAUGCCAAAAAGAGGUAAAAGAUCAUGAAAAGGAAAUCAAAGGAGACACCUCAGAGGCUGUGUUUCAUCAAACUGGGGCAUUAGGGAAAUCUAAGGAAAAUGGAGAAGAGCAUAUAUCCGCUUCUAUGAACGAAAAGCAGAGUUCCUUUUUCCUCCCUAAAGAUAAGAAGCAACCUCCAUCUGAGAGCAACAUAAGAAGGGAGAAGGAAAAUGGUGAUUCUCUUCCAUCCAUUUCUCAGCAGCUACAGAAAGUCUUACCAGUGGUCAUGUUUAAUGACUGUGAAGAAACAUUAUCAGAAAAAAUUACACUGCAGGAUUUCCCAAACACAGUAGAAAGCUUUAGACCAGAAAAGGGGAAAACUAUUACACAGGUAAAAUGUGGGGAUUUCAAAGUUCAAGUAGCACACAAGAAUAGAUUUUUCUGUAAAACAGAAGUGCAGUUCCCAACGAAAAAGAGAUGUCCAAAAUGUCACCAGUGUUACCCUGCCAGAUGUAUUCAAAGAUGUUACUCCUCUAGAAGCUGCUCUUCUAAAUACAAGACUAUUUCGAUAGAAGAAAUAAAAUCUGAGGUUCCAUCUAAGCACGAAGGAGAAACUUCCAGAAUGGAGAGCCCUGCAUUGAAAGUUAGCAUUGUAGGAAAAGGAAUUAAAGUUAAAUACAUGAGUAAGAAACAGAAUAUAACAAUUAAUAUAAUUCACCCCAAAAUAGGGGGGAAAACAGCUAAAUACAGAAGUGCUUCCUCUGCUCACACCACUAAAGAACGUUCCAGGUUUUCUGUGCAGUCGGGCAUCAGGCUGCCUGCAAAGUGGCAGCUGGAACACAAACAUCAGAGUUCAGGUGGUCCUCAAGUGUCUUCUCCUAUUGUGUUUGCUGUGCAGAAGGAGGAGAAGCAUGACACAGCUGUGGUUUCUCUGUGCUCAACUCCCGAGAGGAAGGAUGAGCCAGACCCACUGUCUGCAGUCCUGGGGGACUGGGAGUUAGAAUCUGCCACCUCUCAGCAGAAGGACUUUAAAAUUGGGCAGAAUAUGCCAGAGACCUAUUUCUCUGAAGCUGAGACUCUUCUCAAAAAUGUUUUUCAUACUUCACAUGAUGCUCUAAAAACCACAAGUUUAAGUGAAACAGACUUAAGUAAAAUGCCUUUUGAGGAUCCUAAAAAUGUAGAUAGAGACAGAAAAAUGAACUUUGAUAUCCCAGAAAAUACCACAGCAGACUUGUAUAUACAGCAAAGCUCAGAAGGAAUAAACUACUUGCCAUGUACCAUUACUAACAUCUUCCCAGUUCAACAUGGCAAAGACUCCGACUUUUAUUCUUCAUCGUCUCUGAAUGCAAAGCACAUAGGAGAAAAGGCAGCCAACAUUUACUGCAAAGGCAGCAAAAUAGCACCUGCAAAAUAUUGUGAGAACUCAAAUUCCAAACCCUUCUCUUCUAGUCAAAACACUGUGAUGCCUCCCACCCCAUCCUGUCCACCCCACUGGGCCACCAGAUAUUCAGAACCUAAAGAAAUCCCUGGAGAUACAUUUUCCUUUGAUCACUGUGCAGAAUUUGUGAUAGACUUUGAGGAAGAGCAAGUUGAUGUGACUGACAGAAAUUGUAACAAAGCCACUUUGCAUAGCAACUGUCAUACAAAUGCACAGCAACUCUUGGAAAUGAAGAGUACGCAGCAUCCAACUCCCAGCCUUGCACCUUCCUGCGAGCUCCCAGCUGGGAGCUCACUCAACAGCAGUAGCCACAGCUCUGUGCAGUGGGGUCAAACAGAGUCCCAGGCAACUCAUGCAGAUACAGCAGCUUCCAGCAAUACAAAAGUGCCGGACGUGACCUCAAUAACUGAUGAGUUAGAGAAAAUAUUAAUUAUUCAAAGUGAUAAAGAAGGUACAGUUGAUUCUAAUUGUCCCGUGGGAAUGAAAAACCUUAAAGAGUCAGCCAGCUCUCUGGGAAAUGUUGAAAGAGACAAGUUCCUCAUGAGGCCAGUGGUAAAGAACAUAUGCCACAGAAACUUUGAAAACCUAUCAAAUGAGAAUCAUGAUGAAGUCUGCUUCCAAAUGGAUUUUCCACCGAACACUGCUGAGUUCAGCUCUGCAGAGUGCGCUACAGAUAAUCUGUUUCUUAUUGAGAAACCAGUGACUGGUGAUGCAGACCAAUACAGUAACCAAGAUGAAAUAAACCCAGGACUAACCAGUUUUAAACAGGAGGCAGCAGAGUGCCAAAGGAUUGCCUCAAUCAGGCCAAAUUGUGAAGGAGAUAAAAAUGACCCACAGGAAAAUUGCUAUCACCAAAUAGACACACUGCUCUCACCUCAGAAGCAGAAGGCUAUGAAAGAUUGGAAUUUGGAAAUAAACAGCAUCCUCAAAUUACCCCUGGAAUUGGCUCCAAGAGGUACAAGGGCCAGUGAUGGUUCCCAGGAGGAGGCAAUAGACCAGUGGGCCAGGAGGAGGCAGCAAUUCAAAGACAGCAAAAGAUGCAGCUCAGCAGGGGGAAGUUCAUUUGCCAGCAACAUCACGGAAGGAUCCAUCACCUCGGAAGAUGGCUGUUCUGUGGAUCUUGGCUUUCGAGUUGAUAUUGAGAAAAAAGGUUUCUACACGGAGAAUUUCCACUCAGCAGCGUGGGUUUUUCGAGGGGAUGAUGGGAAUCCUGAGGACAGUCCCAGAUGCCUCAGUAAAAAACCCCGGCCAGUAGCUGUCCGAGAGCGCACAGUGAGGCUCUUCAAAGGAACUGGCGAUUAUCCCUGGGGCUUCCGAAUUCAAUUCUCCAAACCAAUUGUGGUAACAGAAGUGGAUGCUAACAGCGCCGCUGAGGAAGCCGGGCUCCAGAUUGGAGAUGUGGUGCUGGCUAUCAAUGGCACCGAGGUCACCAGUGUGGAGCAUGCAGAAGCGGUGCACCUUGCAAGGAAAGGCCCGGACAUCUUGACUCUGGUGGUGGGAUCUGACAUCAGCCGCUGCCCCAACACGCCGGGGCCCGCCUGCCGCGGCUACCUGCACAAGAGAACGCACUCGGGGUUCGUGAAGGGCUGGAGGAAGAGGUGGUUUGUGCUGAAGCAUGACGGCUGCCUCCACUACUACAGACACAAGAAGGACGAAGGCAAAGACCCGCCUCUGGGGGCGAUAACAUUAGCAGGCGCAGAGGUGGGCACAGAUAGCAGCUUAGGCAAACCCUUUGUGUUCAGCUGUGUGCCUCAGUCUGGAAAUAGAACGUUUUGCCUCUGUGCAACCUCAAACCAAGAAAUGAAAAGGUGGCUUGAGGCAAUGAACAAAGCAUCCCAUCCUGUCCGCCAGAUCCAUGUCUGGGAAGAUGUUACUCUGCACAACAGUAACCUCCCACCCCUGGCUAUCAAGAACCCAGAGUGCCUGGGCCUUCUGCACCAACUGGACAGAAGCACAGACACGUGGGUCCAGCACUACUGCAUUCUGAAGGACGGCUGCUUAUACUUCUACACUAGCAUUCGCUCCACACAGGCCUCAGGUGGCCUAUAUCUGCAAGGGUACGAAGUAAAUGAACAGACCCUUAGCUUCAAGCAAUCAGUUAUUGAACUCAAACCUCCAUCUGAAGAGUUCAAGACUUUCUAUUUCUGUGCAGAAAAUAAUACAGAAAACCAACGCUGGAUCACGGCUCUGCAAACGUCUAUCAAAAAAUGGCUUCCUUUGCAUCAGGCUAUUGAAGACUUCAUCAGCGGGCCUCUAGAGGAGACCAGAAUGUGAAAGAAAACCCAAUCUUAAGAGAAAAGACCCACAAAAUUAUCACCAGCUAGUCAUGGGAAUAAACAAAAACUUUUAUCAUUAUAUAGCUUUUCAAAUGAAUGGUUCUCCAAUAUAGUAAAACUUUGUGAUAAGGGUAUAAUUUUGCUUUUGAACUAAAGUACCAAAAUCAAAAGUGACAUUCAAAUAACAAAACUUAUAUCGAUAUCAUUCAUAACCCCUCAUGUUUUUCCUCGUUGCACUAUACAUGUUAGCAUGAAAAUAUAGUAUGUCCCAUAUCCCUGUCUU